CCUUCUGGCUACAACAUGCUAGAGUUCUGCCCUAGGUUGCUGGUCCCUGGGUCACCUACCUCUUUUGGCCUUUUUUUUUUCAGGUGUAUUGUCCUGUUUUCCCUUUUGGCAUGGGUUUGUGCUGAGCCUACCAUGUACGGGGAGAUUCUGUCCCCUAACUAUCCUCAGGCAUACCCCAAUGAGAUAGAGAAAUCUUGGGAUAUAGAAGUUCCCGAAGGAUAUGGAAUUCACCUCUACUUCACCCAUGUGGACAUCGAGCUAUCAGAGAACUGCGCGUAUGACUCGGUGCAGAUAAUGUCAGGAGACAAUGAAGAAGGGAGACUCUGUGGACAGAGGACCAGGAAGAAUCCCAACUCCCCAAUUGUGGAAGAGUUCCAAGUCCCAUCCAAUAAACUCCAGGUGACCUUUAAGUCAGACUUCUCCAAUGAAGAGCGUUUCACUGGGUUUGCUGCGUACUAUGUUGCUGUAGAUAUAAAUGAGUGCACAGAUUUUGCAGAUGUCCCUUGUAGCCACUUCUGUAACAACUUCAUUGGUGGUUACUUCUGCUCCUGCCCUCCGGAAUACUUCCUCCACGAUGAUAUGAGGAAUUGUGGAGUCAAUUGCAGCGGGGAUGUAUUCACUACACCAAUUGGGGAGAUCGCAAGUCCCAAUUAUCCCAAUCUAUACCCAGAGAACUCAAGGUGUGAAUACCAGAUCCUGCUGGAGAAGGGGUUCCAAAUAGUGGUGACUAUGCACAAAGAUUUUGAUGUGGAACCAGCCGAUUCAGAGGGAAACUGCCCUGACAGUUUAGUUUUUAGUGCACAAGGUCAACAAUUUGGUCCUUACUGUGGUAAUGGAUUCCCUGGGCCACUAAAUAUCGAAACUAAGAGCAAUGUUCUUGAUAUCAUAUUCCAAACUGACCUAACAGAGCAAAAAAAGGGCUGGAAACUUCGUUACCAUGGAGAACCAAUCCCCUGUCCUAAAGAAGACACUGCCAAUUCUGUUUGGGAGCCUGAGAAAGCAAAAUACGUGUUUAAAGAUGUGGUGAAGAUAAACUGCCUGGAAGGGUUUGAAGUUGUGGCGGGAAGUGUUGGCUCAGCAUCCUUCUAUGCUACUUGUCAAAGCAAUGGAAAGUGGAGUAAUUCCAAAGUGAAAUGUCAACCUGUGGACUGUGGUAUCCCCGAUCCCAUUCCGAAUGGAAAAGUUGAAGAUCCAGAAAGUACUUUGUUUGGUUCUGUCACUCGCUACACAUGUGAGGAGCCAUAUUACUACAUGGAACAUGAAGGCAGUGGAGAGUAUCGCUGCGCUGGCAAUGGGAGCUGGGUGAAUGAAGUGUUGGGCACAGAGCUGCCGAAAUGUGUUCCAGUGUGUGGAGUCCCCAGAGAGCCCUUUAUAGAAAAACAGAGGAUCUUUGGAGGAUCGAACGCAAAGAUUGAAAGUUUCCCCUGGCAAGUCUUCUUUAAGAGCCCGUGGGCUGGUGGGGCUCUUAUUGGUGAGCACUGGGUGCUAACGGCUGCCCACGUCGUGGAGGGAAACCAGCAUCCAAUCAUGUACGUUGGGUCCACUUUAGUAAAGAGCUCACUUCUGGAAAAUGCCCAGAUGCUCACUGCUGAACGUGUGUUUAUUCAUCCGGGCUGGGAGGCGCUGGAUGACUCAGACAGCCGGAAGAAUUUUGAUAAUGACAUUGCGCUGGUGCAGCUGAAAGACCCGGUGAAAAUGGGACCCACUGUCUCUCCCAUCUGCCUUCCGGGCACCUCUGCUGACUAUAACCCUUCUGUUGACCUCCUAGGGAUGAUCUCAGGGUGGGGCCGCAUAGAAAAAAGAGAAUAUGCUCUUCACCUCAAAGGGGCAAAGUUACCUAUAGUUCCUUUAGAGAAGUGCAAAAACGUGAAAAAGAAAAAUUCCAAUAUAAAUGUAGCUUCCUAUGUUUUCACCAAUAACAUGUUCUGUGCUGGAGGAGAAAAGGGUGUUGAUAGCUGUAAAGGGGACAGUGGUGGGGCCUUUGCCAUACAGGAUCCCAAUGAAAGUACUCCCAAAUUCUAUGUAGCUGGCCUGGUGUCCUGGGGACCUGAGUGCGGGACCUAUGGGCUCUACACACAGGUGAAGAACUAUGUUGACUGGAUAAUGAAGACUAUGCAGGAAAAUAGCCCCAGUGAGAAGUAAGCCAUACGUAUGUCACCAGCCUCUCCAAGGGUCAUACCAUUGCUCUUAGUUCCUCACCAUACAAGUCCUAUUAUUUUGUCAUAACUGACAGAAGACAUGGGACUAUGAUUUAAAUAAAACUUGAUUGUCACAAUACCUGGCUGGAGGUUGAGGUGGAUCAUAGUAUUGUGUUGGUCAUUUAGUUGUAGUCUGAACUGUGGGGUCCUUUCCCCUCAGUACCUAUUGUAGAUAACAAUAUGGGGGUGUACUCCCAUUUUGCACUAUUCUACAGGGACACCUUAAUCUUUUGUUUCCUCUUUACCUGUUUGAAAUUUUGUUUACUUCAUAAUUUUUAGUGUCUGUCAUCUACUUAUAAUAAAGCAUGUUCAUAAUCCA